AUGAAGCCCAACUUCUCCCUGCGACUGAGGGUCUUUAACCUUAACUGCUGGGACAUUCCCUACUGGAGCAAGCACCGGGUAGACCGCCUGAAGCGCUUGGGAGACUUUCUGAACGUUGAGAGCUUUGACCUGGCUCUACUGGAGGAGGUGUGGAGUGAAGAUGAUUUCGAGUCCCUGAGACAGAAGUUGUUGCCCACCUACCCAGCGGCACACUACUUCAGGAGCGGACUCAUUGGCAGUGGGCUUUGCGUCUUCUCCAAACACCCAAUCCAGGAACUUGCCCAGCAUGUCUACACCCUCAAUGGCUACCCCUACAUGAUCCAUCAUGGCGACUGGUUCUGUGGGAAGGCCGUGGGGCUGCUAGUGCUUCAUCUAAGCAGACUGGUGUUCAAUGCCUACGUGACACAUCUCCAUGCAGAAUACAGUCGGCAGAAGGACAUCUAUCUAGCACAUCGCGUGGCCCAAGCUUGGGAGCUGGCCCAGUUCAUCCACCACACAUCCAAGAGGGCGGACGUGGUUCUCUUGUGUGGGGACCUCAACUUGCACCCAAAAGACCUGGGCUUUCGCCUCCUGAAGGAGUGGACAGGGUUGCAGGAUGCCUACAUUGAGACCCAGGACUUCAAGGGCUGUGCUGAAGGCUGUACAAUGGUGCCCCAGAAUUGCUACGUCAACCAGCAGGAGCUGGAGCCAUUUCCCUCUGGCAUCCGCAUUGACUAUGUGCUUUACAAGGCGGUUUCUGGGGUCUACAUUUCCUGUAAGACCCUCAAAACUACUACAGGCUCUGACCCUCACAGUGGCACCCCCUUCUCAGAUCAUGAGGCUCUGAUGGCAACUCUGUGUGUGAGGCACAGCCCUCCCCAACCCAGCCCCAGCCCAACCCCUGGACCAGCAGAGAUGUCACCAUUGAUCACUGUGCUAAAGGAGACCUGGACGGAGCUGGGUCUGGGCAUAGCUCAAGCUCACUGGUGGGCUGCCCUUGCCAGUUGCAUGAUUGGUCUGGGGCUGCUACUCCUGGUAGUGGUGUGUACACUGGUGGUGGGGGGAGAGGCCAGGGAAGUUACCUUGCUGCUCUUGAGCCCCAUUGUGGGACUGGUGCUGGGGGCAGGUGCAGUCUACCUCUUCCACAUACAAGAGGUCAAAAACUUAUGUAAGGCCCGAUCUGAGCUCCAGCAUGUGCUGGGGAGGGCCAGGGAAGCCCGGGACCUGGGUUCAGUGCCUCAGCCAGCCCACCUGCUGGGGCAGCAGGAGGAAGACAGAGCUGAACAGCAAUAA